AUGCUGUCCAAACCCUUUGCUUGCCUCACUAUUGGCCUACUCAGCUCGCUCGCUGCAGCUCAGACUGUUGAGCCGUUCGUCCUGGAUGGCAGACUUGACAGUGCGACUGCUAGCGAUAGCACAUACAACACUGGUGGUACCAUCUCCGUGAAUGGUUACUCCGUCACCAUUCCACAAAAUCUGCAAGUGCAGUUCCCAGCCGCUUUCUCUCCUUUUGGGAAAUUUGCCAGUACUGUUGGCUUUGUUGGUCACGAGGUCUCCGUCAUCGGGAAUCUUGUCAACGGCAAGGCAAUCGCUGGCCUCGUCCAAAUUUCUGAGUAUCUUCUUCAGGGUAGCUCAGGCACAGUCGAGAGCAUUGACUUUGCCGCUGGUACGAUGAAGAUCAAGGGUGGUCCGACCAUCAGAAUCAACGAUCCUAAUGCUGUUUACUCGGUGGGAUAUACCGAUCGUCCUCUGUAUACAGCAGAUGACGAGAACCCUUCAAUCACGGCGUUCAGCGGCUUCCCGAUGUGCAUCCCGAGAUCUUCGAGUGACCCUCUCUGCCCUUCCAGUAACCGACCAGCCGGUCAAAGCACAUUCCGUGCACCUGAUCCGCUGAAGAUGGCACCUUUCCAAGUUGGUGACUACCUCGAGUACUCAGGUAUCAAUGUUGGGGGCACUAUUGUUUGUUAUACAAUCGUUGCUCCUAAUGUACAGAUCACCACUUCUGGUGCACCCACAUACAUUCGUGUCGAGGAUGCUAUCGUUGGUAUCUACGACGGUAUCGGCACGUCAGAGUUUGGUGACUCGAGAUUCAUUGGCUACACCUCGGAUCCCACAGCUAGUAUCACGGUCUCCGCUAUCGACAUUGAUCCUUGUACAGGCGAAGAGACUGAAAGACCCGUAGGCGCCGCAUCCUACAAAGCAGGCGAUGCUCGUAACAAGUGGACCUGGCGUGCAGGCACCGGGACAACAUCCAAGUACACCCGUGAAUACGUCAUUCGUGCCUCCACUGGUGAGAAACUUACCGACAACAAGAUCAAUGCUGGUCGUUACGUCCAGCCUGUUUUGGAGUUCCUCUUCCCUGAGCCAAAUGUUCCUGGCAUUGUUCCUCCUGUGAACGACUUCAGCAACUUCCCUUUCCUUGCCCAAGGCUUGGGAUAUGAUGAAUCGGGCAACCUUUUCGGCCAGCUAAACCCAUGGCCUGGCGCAAAACCCCCUGCUGCAACGAGCUGUGGUCCCUGGUCUCCCCCAGCUACGUCCUCCUCAGCCGUCUCUUCUUCGACAUCCGCGGAUUCCCCCGGUACUGCGACCAGCGUUGAUCCUUCUGCAUCCGAAACAUCUAUUCCUAGUAGUACUGGCUCUGCUGCCGCAAGUACCCCGACUAUUGCAGUAGGAGGCACCCAGACAACUCGUCCCGGUGUCCAGGUCAAGCUUGGCUUCAACGUGACCAACAAGCUCGAUUUCACAGCCAACGAUCUUACAUACAGCUGGACACAAGUCGGUGGACCCAGCGUCACCCUGUCAGGCAGCAGCGUUGCUAGCCCGUCCUUCACAGCUCCGGCUGGCACAGUCAAGAACACAUACAUUUUCAACAUCAAAGCCAGCAGUGCUUCUGCAGGCACGAGCGGCAAUGCGAACGUCACGGUCGUCAGUGACCCUGCUGUAGCAGACAUUGUUACCAUCGAUAGCUACACAUACAACUCUUCAGGAGGUGGUGCUGUAUCGGUCACUGCUAGUACCAAUAUAGUUGGCUACAACGCGAACCUGAAGUUGUAUCUGACAAACUCGGCCACCGGAACAGCCACUACGAUGACAUAUCUAGGAGGAGGCAAGUAUAGUGCCAGUUUAACCAAGACGAAGAAGCCAGCGAACGGAAUCACGGUUGUGAGUGACGGCAAAGGAACCAAGAGUACUACUGCGACAACCUCGUAG